AUGGCGGAGCAGCAGCGCCCCACGGACGCCGUGAAGAGCUAUUUCCCCGACAACGGCCCCUCCACCUCCCAAGUAAUUGCUGUCGUCACGCUCUUCCCCAUUGGCGGCAUCCUCCUCAGCAUCGCCGCCCUGAUUUUCAUCGGCACCCUCUUUGGUGUCGCCGUCUCCAUCCCUGUCUUCCUCCUCUUCAGCCCCAUCAUCGUCCCCGCAGUCAUCACCAUUGGUCUCGCCGUUGCUGGGUUCUUGACUUCGGGAGUUUUCGGCAUCACGGCGCUGUCGUCGGUCACGUGGAUCAUCAAUUACUUUAUGAAGAUGAGGGGGAGCUGGCAUGAGCAGUUCGACCAAGCGAGGCGGUGCGUGGGGGACACCGCUGGCCACGUGGGCCAGAUGGUGCGUGAGUUGGGCCAAAAGGCCCAAGAUGCUGCAUGGACUUGAACAUUUCAUUCGGCCACGACGGAAGAUCAGUUUGUAUUUUGUAAACGUUGUAAUACUUCUAAUAUUAAAUCUAGGGUUAACUAUAAUAAAAUUAGUUUUUUUAGGCUAUAACGUUGUUUCUUUAAACAAUGAUCUUUUUCAUAAUUUUUGAAUGAAAAUGAUAUGAACACGAUAUCCUCCUCGUUUCA